AAAAAACAAAAACAAAGAAAAAAACCUAAAAAACUGACUGAUGAAGAGAAUCAAGUGAUGACGAACAGUAGGAAAAUGUGAUGCUGUGAGACUCAGAGAGUGCUGGAAAACUUUCAUCAGAGGAUUUGUGAAGCUGAGGAGGAAGGGGGGGACGUACAUAAAAGAAAACCACACCAACUCAUUGUCUGUUCGCUCAGUCGUCAGCCACUACUGGAGUGAAAAAAUGGACCUGCCACUGACCCUUCAUGUGCUCCUACUUCUCUGUUCCCUCAAUGCUGUUGUUUGGGCAUGUCCGGAUGGAUGCAAAUGUCAAGGAACCAAAAUUCUCUGCAGUGGCCUCUUGGACUUCCCAACAGCUGUGCCCUCGUCUACCACCACCCUCUACUUCUCCAACUGCAGUAUCUACUCUCUGAAACCAGAGGACCUCACUGAUUUCUCUAAUGCCCUUGGCAUCUUUGUGAUUAAAGACACUGUUUUGAGGGAAGUGCGCCCUGGCACAUUUGAUUCCACUCUGAAUAUAGGUGCCUUAGGGUUUACUGGCACUGGACUGCAAGAUCUCCCUGAGGCCUUGUUCCAAAAUCUUCAGAAGCUUGAGUCUCUGAAUCUGAGGAGCAACAAACUCCUGGUGCUCCGCCCAAACUGGUUUUCCCCACUGAAAUAUCUGAAAUCUCUUGACCUCAGUAGGAACCUUUUCACUUCUGUACCUGUCGAAACUUUUCACCCUCUUACUGACCUAAAUUACCUUUAUCUUUCCGGAAACAACAUCAGCCAACUGUCUAGAGAGACAUUCAAGGGUCUUUCUUACCUUAAGGGCUUGCGGCUUAGUAAAAACUCGCUACAGGAACUCCCUGUUGGCAGUCUGGAUGACCUUGGAAACCUAGAGGAACUAUCCCUAAAUGACAAUCAAAUCACUCACCUCCACCACGACCUGUUCUCUAAGACUCUGAAGCUCAAGAAGCUGUUCCUCUCCCACAACAGGCUUACAUCACUUCCACAAGGGAUCUUCUUAAAUCUGCCCCUCCUUUCCCAAAUCUCACUGUAUGAAAACCAGCUAGAGAGUCUGGGUCCAGGGGUGUUUGGGCCUAUGGCCCUGCAGGAGCUGUGGCUGUAUGACAACAGGCUGAUCCGUGUGGAGGAUGACACAUUCAGAAAUCUGACUCAGUUGCAUCUACUGGUGCUCAGUCGCAACCAGAUCAGCUAUGUUUCGACUGGGGCCUUUAGAGGGUUGGAACAGCUAAAAGAGGUAUCACUUCACACCAAUCUGCUCACAACCCUGCAAGCUGGGACUUUCCAACGUCUGCCCAGCCUGGUCAACAUUUCCUUGGAGCACAACUUCAUAAGCUCCCUCCCUUUGGGUUUUCUGCAGGGCCUGAGCCACCUAGGACAGAUAGACCUGCGAAACAAUUCCCUUUCCAACCUGCCACAGGAAAGUCUAGAUGCGCUAACCAUGGCAAAGGAAGUACUCCUACAACAGAACCCGUGGAGGUGUGACAAGGAUAUUCUGCCUCUUAGGGACUGGCUGGGACAGCACCCAUCAAAGGUCAACCAAACCCUUGUGGUGUGUGACAUACCUUUCAGUCUGAAUGGUGAAGUGAUUGCUCAGCUGCAAAAUGAGAACCUGAUGCCUCUCAGCUCCACCGAGGAGCCUGUGUUUACAUCAACGGAGAAGAGGAGGAAACCCAAUACUCCUCCAACCAGAAGAAGCACUUCCUCACCUGCUGUCAAGGCCACACCCACCUCAGAGCACGAGGAGGUCACCAGCAGUGGACAAGGGGAAAAAGGAACAGUUUCUAAUGAUACUGCAAUAAUCCUCAUCAUCAUCGGAGUAGUGUCCACUGUCAUCAUCAGCACUAUCAUCAUUAGCUGUGUAUGCUGGAGGAAAAACAAGAGAGGCAGGGGAAAUAUAGGCCGCAGAAAUAAGAACUCUGUGCUGUAGACCAAACCAUCCCACCUUCAGUAACCCAAGAACUUUUAAAGAAACUGUUGGCUGAUUACUGUGGUUUACUUGGAAAAUCUGGAGCACAGAAUUGAUUUUAGAGCCUCAAAAGCAUAGAAAGAACCACUUCAGCUCCUUCCUCUUCAACUAGAAAACACAAGUAAACAGACUUUUUUUUAUUCAUUAGUGUUCAGUUAGUAAUUAUCACAUUUAACAGUAAGUACUGUGUGCUAUAAAAAGAAGGCAAACUGUUAAAACCACCAUGCCAUUUUGUGGGAAACUGGACCUUUGGUGAAUGUAAACUCAAAUGCACUGAAACAGUAUACUUCUUUUAGUCAAAUUUAGACUGCACUCAUUAUUCGGUUCAAUGGUGUUUCAUUUUUCAUUAUUAAUUAUUACAGUUUGAAAAUACCUUUUUCUGCUAACAACAAUACAUUUAGGAGACACUUCACAUUUUCGCAAAAGGGCUAUCCAUAAAAAAUCAAAUAUGUAAUUUUUAUUCCUCUGUAACACAAUACCAUGCAAAUGCUACUAUACAUUGAAUAAAUGGACUGC